ACUUUGAGUUUGAUGGCGAAGAAAGUGAUUUAUUUGUUUGACAGAAGAGCAGGGGAUUCUUCCCCGGUGAUUUUCGAUAUCACAGGUGUCAAAACAUAUACAGAGUUCAAAAGAAGGGUUGCUACCACAUUUGAUAUAGCAGAAAAUGAGAAUUUUGUCAUUUGCACUCUCAAUCGAGAAAACAUUUGUGAUGACUCUUCAUUUGAUACUGCUCUCAGGAACGAUGUGAGCAGUAUAACUGUGCUCCAGGAAAUUAAUCAGGAUCUACCAGCUCCAACGGAAGAGAAAAUUGAAUACCUGCCUCAUUAUGACACACUUCUUAAGAGUGGAAUGUACGAAUACUAUGCAUCUGCUGGGCAGGAUCCACUCCCAUAUGCUUUAGCAGAAUUGAUUGACAACUCUCUCAUGGCAACAGCUCACAAUAAAGGUUGUAGAAAGAUAGAGCUGAGACUGCAUUUGGAUCCAAUUCCAGUGAUCUUUGUCAUAGACAAUGGAUGUGGAAUGACAGCCAGUCAGUUGAAAGAUUGGGCAGUGUACAGAUUGUCCAAGUUCCAUCGGAAAGAAAACUCUAAGCAAUAUUCUCCAAAGAGCCAGGAAAAUUUUGAUGUUGAGAUUCCACGUUCCUUAAACAGUGAAAUAUCUUACUUUGGAGUUGGAGGGAAACAAGCUAUAUUUUACUUAGGACAAAGAACACGAAUGAUCACAAAACCCAGAAAUUCCAAAGAUGUCCAUGAGUUUUCAAUGUCCCAAGAUGAUUUUGAGAAAAAAGAGCAGAGUAAAGCAUCAGUGUACAGUGGUCUGAUUUUGAGUAGAAGGGCUGGUGAUGCUAGUCACAUUUCUCCUGAAGAAGAAUACAUACGGAAAGUAAUAUUGGAAGAAGUGGGAGAGGAGAGUUUUACCUGUGUUGUGAUACAAGAGAUUGUGCCCGAUCAUGUCACUUACUUGAAGCAGAACUAUGAAAAUUUGUGUAGAGAGUUAGCGCAUACAUAUCAUUACUAUAUUCAUGGACCGAAAGGAAAUAUUUUAACACCUGACAAAGGACAAAAACUUCCCUCCAAAUUUAAAAUUACUGACAUAGAGGUCAAAAUGUAUUCAAAAGGUCAUCAGUCACCAAAAGUAACAAAUCUUAGGGAUGUAAUUGAUGACCUGGAGACUCAGUUUAUUAGAACAGCUGCAAGCUGCUUUGAGUUCCGAGGCUUGAUGAAUGGUAAACGAGUCGUAGAAGGCCUUCUCAGAUACCACCCAUUUUUAUACGACCAUGAGACAUAUCCUUACGAUCCGUAUGCACUUCCUCAACCAGAGGACGAAAAUGAUUCUAUUAUGGCUGAUACGAGACCAGGAAGAGGAAACCGACCCAUGUUUGAAUGCUUUUGGAAUGGCAGACUCAUACCAUAUACAACUAUUGAUGAACUUCCAUGGUGUGCUACUCCAAAAAAAGUAAAAGACGUUCCAGUAGAAUGUUAUAACAGAGUGUCUGGAGUGCUUUGGACUGAUGACAGUGUUCAUGUAACCACAAAUAAACAGACAUUCAUUGAUUUGGAGAGACAACUGUUGGACAAGAAUACCAAUUUUGUUCACGUGGUUGAUGGCCAAUUAAAAAGAGGGGUAAUUUCAAAGGAAUUCCAAGAGUGGUUGAAGACUUGCAACGAACAGUAUGACAAGCAGGUGAUGUUCCGAAACUUUCAUGGAUACACCUCUCGUUCUGAUGUUCAGAAACACAAGCAAUAUCCAUGGGCAAUGUUUUAUGCCAUUGAGUGGGAUGGCAGAGUGUAUAAGAAAGGACAACUAGUGCGUACACAAAGAACAAAUCCUAUUAUCAUUGGAAAAAUCGAAAAAUUUCUCUUGUUUGGAGAACACAGUGAAGAUGUGUUUGCAACAGGGGGAGACAUGGAAAUCAAACAGGAACCAUCCUAUCUUUACAGUGAAAGUAAAAUUUAUCCUUUGGCCAAGCUAGACAGGAAGAUUGGAGAAGAGGGUAUUAAGAAAAUUAUAUCUGAUGAAGAGGAAAAGUUACCUGACAAACUAACUAUUUCAUGGCCUGAAGGAAAUGAAGUGAAGAAUGCAGAAAAGAUACCAGUAGGGAAACUCAUAGGUCCUAUCAAAGCAGAAGUAUUAAACAAACGUGGAGAAUCAAUCAGUAAACUUCCAGGAUCAACCUGUAAUCAGAAAAAACUACUUGUUGAACUGCAGGUGCUAUGGCAUUCUCAGAAGAAGGAUGUUGUUCUAGCUCAUCAUAUCGGCCAGCAUGCUAAGAACUGGCCUUACUGGUUCCUAAAAAUGGAUGUCAUCCAAAACCUGGGUCCGCAUACCCUGUCUUUACAAGUCAUGCUGAAUGGAGAUACUACCCUUGGGUCAAGAAAGGAGCUUCCCUCUUAUAAAAUCAGGUUUACUGUAAUAGAGGCUGAACCAGAAAAAUUUACAGUUGGUCUAUUAGAUGGCCCAUUUCGUGUAGGUCUUCCUUUCCAGAUACCAUUAGAAUUCUAUGAUAAGUUUGGUAACCCAACGAAACCUAAAGCAGAUCUAAAACCUCAGAUUGAAGCUGUUGGUGUGGAACUUAAGUAUGAAGAUUUACAAGUCAAGGGUAACUCCCUCAUCAUAAAAGGAAUAAAAGCAAAGGGAACAGUGGAAAAUUCUAGUGGAAAGAGCUUUCAGCUCGCUGUGAAAAUUCCUACCUUGGAAGAGCCGAUACAAACCUUAAAAAUUCGGCUGCAUCCAGGAGUUCCUGAGAAACUGAAGAUAUCCCCCAAGUCUCUUGAAAUAGAGAAUGGGUCUUCUCCUUCAUUUGAAGUGAUGACUGUAGAUGCUGCAGACAAUAUCACUAGUGAGUCUCGGCUUGCUGUGGAGUGUACUUUCCAUGGCCCUCCUGAUUCCAGUCUACCUGUGUACAGUACUGAUCUAUCUGCUGGAGGAAAAGGUGUUAUCACAGGACCACCUCUCCAUUUAAACCUCGUGGAUGCCAAAAAAAGCAUUCGGUUAAAAGCAAGAUUUUGUGUUCCAGAUCACAGAUUGAUAAGUGUUGUAGAAGGUGAGGUUUUGGUUAAUCCUAGUCAUCAUGCUGCCAGUCUGGUAGUAGGCUACCGUGGUCCUAAUAAGAACUUUAUAUAUAUAGAGCGAGAUAAGGACAUUUCAUGGGUUGCAGGGCAAUCUGUUUCUGGACUUGAAUAUCGUAUUCUGGAUGAAGCUGGUAGAGAGAUUGAUAUAACGCCUAAACUAGCUGGAAACAUGAAGGUCAACUGGACUAAGAGUGUAUCAAGUGAUAUUCUUUUAGAGGGGAAGUUACCUGAUAUACAGACACCUCAGUCAAUUAAGCAGUUGCUCUACUGUAAUGUGACAUUGUCAGAUAAUCAUGUGAUUGACUUCCCUUUCACCAUAAAACCAAGACACGGUGAGCCAGCCUACCUUAAAGCUACGUGCAGUGGUACAAGCAAAGUCCGUAUUGGUGAAGCUCUUCAGGCCGAUAUCCUAGUCACAGUGGCAGACAAGUAUGGAAAUGCAGUGAAAAAGGUACCUUUCAAGUCUCUUGCCACCUUGGCCAUCACAGCUGAAGGGCUUGAUUACAGCUCAUUAGAAAAAGCUCUUGGGCAGUCUGGUGGCUUUGUUUUCAAAGGGUUGAAGUUUUCUGAUGGACAGCUUGGUAGUCGUGAAGUGUGUGUACAGUGGAACAAUCUUAAAGACUACUUUCGACUGGAAAUUGUUGCUGGACCCCCAGCAAAGAUUAUAUAUCCAGGGUUUGAUACAAGUCAGAUUUACAUUGUUUAUAAUGACUCAAGACUUCCGAGUAAGUUUGUGGUUCAGCUCUGUGAUUCCUGUGGAAAUCCCACUCCAGAAGAAAAUGUAAAAAUUAUGCUUGGGUUGGAUACGGAUUUAAAGAUCACUCCAACAACAACUGUACAAAAAACUGAUAAAAAUGGACAAGCAGACUUUGGUAUACUUACAGUUGCAGUUCGUGGAAGUCAGAAGCCAGGAAAGUGCCCCCUUUCUCAGUGCUCACAGAAAUGCCGUGGAGUUUUCUCAAUCUGCGCAAAGGGUUCCUGUGGGCGUGUACCAAUCACUGGCCCAUUAUUAAAGAUUCACAUGCCUUGUAACUUAUUGAAGCCUGUAGAGAUAAAAGUGGACUACGACCAAAGUAAAGAACUUGUUCCUGGAAUGGAAUUUCCAGUGUUUUCAGUUCAUCUGAUAACAGAAGAUGGCGGUAUCUAUAUGCCCGGGAAAGCAUCUCAAAUCUGUAUGAAGCUUUGGCAAACAAGAAAGACCCGUGGAAAAUCACCUGUUAAGCCAGUUACACUCAUGCCAUCUGAUCCUAGCCCACAGGAUGAUCCUGGGAUGUUUUAUUUUAGAAAUAAAUUGGUUCCCAAAGUUGCAGAUUCGUACAGUUUACAGUUCAUCUAUGAUGGAGGUUCUAACGUUCUAGCGAGUCAAGUUAUUCCAAUUGUUGUACCACCUGGUCUUCCAGUAAAACUUGUCCCUCGAGAAGAUCCAGGCAUACCAACUGUGACCAAUACACAAAAGCCUAACUCUAGGCUUGUAGUGAAGCACCUUGUGUUAGAACUAAGAGACGAGCAUGAUAAUUUGGUGUCUGCUUAUUGUAAAGGUACACUUAAUGUCCAGAUUACAAAUUUUGGUUCCUCCCAGGAAGAAAUUCCAAAGUUAGCAGGGAAUGUCACUUCGAUCCAAGUUCCUUUUGAUAAAGGUCAAGCUAUCCUAGAGAAUUUGAUGAUACAGGAAAAAAGCCCAGGCAUAGAUGGGAAAGAGUAUAUAAUACGAUGUACAGCUGUGAUAGACAAGUUAUCAUUAGAAUACCCCAUUUCUCCUUAUGAUGUGUACUUCCUCUUCUAUAAUGAUAUUCAGAAGCAGGCACAGAUGGCUAAUUUAGCUAAAGAGCACGAUUCUCUAGUCUAUAAAAUAAAUACGUACAAGUCUCUCUUCGAUACAACUCAGCAAUAUUUAAAAGAGCUAGAAGCUGUGGUGCAAAGUUCUGCUAACGAAGAAAACAAGAUACGUAAUCAGUUGCAGUUGCUUGGAGAUAACUUACAAGGUUUAAACAGUAGUUCCCAAAUUAUGGCUGCAAUUAAUAAGUGCAAAGCAGCUAAGGAACAACUGGAGCAGCAGUCAAGAAGAGAAUGUAAACUACAUCGAUUUCCUCCAGAGCCAGGAGUUCUGGGAAAAAUAGGCCAUCUAGCUUGGGUCAGUAAUGUACAGGUAGCCCGAGUUCUGGCAUGGCACAUGCAAGGAGACAUGGAUUGUCUAGUCACAUUAUCUAAAGAGAAGGCACUAGAAAUUCAUCGCAGAACAGCAGGACAACAACAGCUUCUCCCAUUAGACUCUGUCUUCAAAAGAAACUUACCAGACUGGAAUAGGCCAUUGCCACAUGUGAGAAUAAAAUCUUACAACCCACCUGGAAACCCUCUUUUUGCAAGACAGUUUUUAGUUUUUGGAGAAAAUGAAGAUAUCUGUAGAAUUGUAUUUGGAAUGUUGCUAGGGGAUGCAAUCAUCCUGGAUACACUGGAGGAUGCAGUCAGCUAUCGAGAUACGUUUAUAAAGAACAACAUCAGCUGUCCAACUUUACUUACAAAAACGGGAGAACGUAUUAGGAAUAAUGGAAAAUUUGGAGGGGCUAGUAACAAAGCCCCUCCCAUGGAGAAUCUGGUAAAUGGAGUGUUUGGAGAACCACCCCUUAAAGAUUUGGAGAAAGUGGAUGAAAAGUUGGAACUUCUGCAGUCCUUGAAGAAUGCUGUAGAUGUUCACCAGCAAGCUAAGAAAGAUUAUUUUGAGCAACAGAAACAAGAGAGUUCUUCUGAAAUGGUGAAGAAAGUGCGUGACUAUCAGAUCACUGAGAGCAGGCUUCGAGCAAUUGAAGAAAAACUUGGUAUGCUGCCUUCCAAAGACAAAUUAUCAACUCCAGAAACUCCUGAGUCACAGAUCAGAAAAGGAAAUUUUAAGAACACAGCUCGAGAAUCAACUCGGCGCAACACUGAUAGAAUUUCCACUCGAAGUCGUAGCUCCAGUCCUCAUGGUCAUUCUUCUAACUCAUCUGGGCAGAAACGUAGAAGUGCGACUAUUGCUGUUAAUGUCACAAAAAUAAAACGUCAGAAAACAUGAAAAGGUUUAUUUUCUCCUUUUUUUUUCCUUAAUUGAAGUCACUCUGACCUGACUAUGUUUUUUUAUAUGAAUAGAAAUAUUCACGAUUGAAAAAGAUGUACUGGUUAACCCUGAUAACAGAUGUGUUGUUAUUGUUUUACAUCUUGUGAAUUUGGAAGUACCAGAAUGACACAAUAAAUAAAUAUUUAAUUUGAAUAAAUGAGAUCAGUAGUUUAUGAUGGAAGUUUUCUGGAGAGAAUUUGGCUAUUUAUUGUUAGAAAAUCUAAUGUUGUAUUUCUUUCAUAUUUUCAAACAUAAGCCAAAAAUGGUAUGUGAUUGGAUACAUUGUUUGUGUGUGUGUGUGUGUGUGUAUGUAUGUUUGUUGAAUACAUAAAACGUUAGGUGAAAGAUCUGGAUGUGCUGUGUGAGCGUAAUAUAGAAAAUGAAAUAAAAUUGAUGUUACCAUCAAUUGUUAUAUGCAAACUGAAUAUGUGAAGCACCAAAAUUUGUGAGAUUUUUGCCAUUAGAAUAUUAAACUAUAUAAAAAUAAAGAUAUUUUGGAAUUAAUGUUGUAGUACAGCUAUGUUUUGUGACUUGCAGAAUGUUAUUUUGGUAUUUUCUGUUACCAUUUAAAAAUGGAUUCCUUCAAGGUUUUGUGUUCUAGACCUACAAUAUUAUGACAUUAUUAUGGUAUUUCAUUAUUUUAUCUCUCUUAGCAAUAAUCCAAUGUAUUUCUUUUUCUCCACAGGUUUUUUCUUUAAGAGUGAGAUGGUAGAAGGUACAAAAAAAAAAGAUUAAAUAUUGUAUAAAGUUUUGUUAAAAACGAAAACAAAUGUGAGGGAAAAAUAUGAA